AUGGGUAAGCUGAGCAAAGAUAGGAGAGACAUCUACUACCGCAAGGCCAAGGAGAAUGGGUACCGAGCGAGGAGCUCCUUCAAGCUAAUCCAGAUAAACGAAAAGUUCGGAAUCUUCAAAUUAUUUGACCCCAAGAACUGUGGUGAAAGGGAUGUAGAGAAAAUAAGAAACAUAUACAAUGAGAACUUCUGCUACAAUAUAGUUGACCUAUGCGCAGCCCCGGGUAGUUGGUCCCAGGUGUUGAAGAAUAUCUGCCUGUACAACUACUACCAGAUGCUCCACUGGGUAAACACUAACGAAGGAACUCUAUCGAAUUGUGAUGAACAUGAAAAUUUUUUAAACAACUUUUCUCUCUACAUCAAUUUUAACGAUGAGUUGGAGAAAAGGAUAGAAGACCUGUCCAAAAAGGAGUUUGUGAAAAAGCCAAAAAUUAUAGCUGUAGAUUUACAAGAAAUAGGAAAUAUGAAAUAUGUGCAGAUUAUACAAGGGGAUAUAACCAAAGCGUCCACUGUGCAGGAAAUAUUAAGGUGCAUGAAGGAGGGGGGAGCAGGAAACGGCAUUCACGAUGAUAACUGUGAGGAUGACAACCUUGAGGGAAGUGCCAAAAAUAAGUGGACUGAUCAGGAAGAUGGACAGAAAGCAGAAAGGAAAAACGUUCCGACUUACGCACACGCUGUUGUGAGCGACGGAGCUCCAGACAUAACCGGCAUGAAUGACAUAGACGAAUUUAUUCAGUCUCAACUCAUUUUAUCCAGUUUAAAAGUAUGCUGCUCUGUUUUAAAAAUCGGAGGGAAUUUUAUAAGUAAAAUAUUUAGAGGUGAACACACUGGUUUGCUAAUUCUACAUUUGAAUAAAUUCUUUGAGAGGGUUUACGUGUGUAAACCACAAAGCAGUCGGAAUAAAAGUUUGGAGUCUUUCCUAGUUUGUUUGAACUUCUCUUUGCCGCUUUCCAAGAUUACAGCGCUGAGCCAUCAUACAGGGGGGAAGGAGUUUAAUCUUCAGAAUAUGCCUGAAGAAGAACUUCGAAAAAUGCAUGCAAAGUUAAUUACCGAGAAGGACAAUGAGGGAGAAAUUCAUAGAACGGGAAAAUCUCUCGACAUGGAGGAAAAAACAGAUGAUACGAGUGAAGAAGAUAGCCAAGUUGAAACAGACGUAAACAAAGAAGGUGAUGGAAAAGGUGAAAACGAGAUUGCACACAUAAAUCAAUGCGCAACUGAUAAUGCUAAGGCGGGUAACAUAUUAAAAGGGGAGGAACUUAACGAGUGUGACCCAGAACGUGGUGAUACACUGAUAGGGGAAAAAUUUCGAAGUAAAAACUUUACGCACAAAAAUGUGGACAUAUUUAAUUUUUACUGCUCUGAUAGCGAUGAAGAGAUAAAGUAUUUCAAUUCAGACGAUGAAGAAAUUGUAAAUGAGUACAUUGCAUCGGAAGUUUUUAUGAAUGACAAACUGUUUUCCUUUGUCGCCACAGAGAAUUAUUACGACUCGGAUAAAUCCUACUUGCUCCCGCAGAAUUACGUUCGACAUGAGCCCCAACUUAUGCCACUCCAACCUCCCUAUUUGUUGUCAUUACAGAAGAAAAGGCAAGAGGGGAAGAAGCCAUAA